AUGGCUGAUAUAAAUAGUUUAUUUGAUUGUUUUGAAGAAUCAACUCAGAAUGAAGGUUCUGUUCAAUUACCAAAUGUCGUUAAAGAUGAAGAGAAAUCGACACCUGAGAAAAAGCCUUCUACUAGUAGUAAACGUCCUCACGAGGAAGUCGAAUACGAAGAUACAUCUAAGAAACCUAGGCCAGAUGAAGAAGACGUAGAUCUUAUAAGCGAUAUAAAUUUAGAUAUUCUAGGUUCAAGAAUAGUAAUACAUACUUUAGAAACACAUGAAGGUUGCACACAUGAGGUUGCAUUACCUCCAAAUCAUGACUAUGCUCCACUUUUGCCUAUUACCUCAGAACCUGCCAAGCAAUACAGUUUCAUACUUGACCCUUUUCAAAAAGAAGCUAUUAUGUGUAUUGAUAACUUGCAAUCAGUAUUGGUAUCUGCUCACACAUCUGCCGGGAAGACUGUUGUAGCUGAAUAUGCCAUAGCAUUAUCACUAAAAAAUAAACAGAGAGUAAUUUAUACAACACCUAUUAAAGCUCUCUCUAAUCAGAAGUACAGGGAGUUCUCAGAAGAGUUCCAUGAUGUCGGUCUUAUUACUGGAGAUGUCACUAUCAAUCCAUCAGCAUCUUGUUUAAUUAUGACCACAGAGAUUUUGAGGAAUAUGUUGUAUAGAGGAUCUGAAAUAAUGAGAGAAGUAGGAUGGGUUGUAUUUGAUGAGAUUCACUACAUGAGAGACAAAGAGAGGGGUGUGGUUUGGGAAGAAACUCUAAUCCUCUUACCCGAUAAUGUGCACUACGUGUUCCUGUCAGCUACAAUACCCAAUGCAAGGCAGUUUGCGGAGUGGGUUUGCCGUUUGCACUCACAGCCUUGCCACGUGGUGUACACUGAGUACAGACCGACUCCACUCCAGCAUUAUAUAUUCCCGGCUGGCGGAGACGGCAUACAUUUGGUUGUUGAUGAGAAGGGUCAAUUCAAAGAAGAUAACUUUAACACGGCAAUGACGGUGCUAAGUAACGCGGGGGAGGCGGGCAAGGGCGACCAGCGCGGGCGCAAGGGCGGCCCGCGGGGGAACAAUAACACCAAUAUUUUCAAUAUUGUCAAAAUGAUCAUGGAAAGAAAUUUUGCUCCAGUCAUUAUUUUCAGCUUCAGUAAGAAGGACUGUGAGGUGUAUGCUAUGCAAAUGGCCAAACUGGACUUUAAUACAAUUGAAGAAAAAAAAUUAGUAGAUGAAGUGUUUAACAACGCAAUGGACGUGCUUUCUGAAGAAGACAGGAAACUACCACAAGUGGAAAACGUAAUACCACUUCUGAGGCGAGGCAUUGGCAUACAUCAUGGUGGCCUGUUGCCUAUACUGAAAGAAACUAUUGAAAUAUUGUUCGGCUUGGGACUUAUUAAGGCUCUAUUCGCAACUGAAACUUUCGCCAUGGGUUUAAACAUGCCGGCUAGAACUGUAGUUUUUACCAACUGCCAAAAGUUCGACGGCAAAGAUUUUCGUUUUAUCACGUCAGGAGAGUACAUACAAAUGUCGGGGCGCGCGGGUCGGCGCGGGCUGGACGACAAGGGCAUCGUCAUACUGAUGAUCGACCAGAAGGUGACCCCCGCCGUGGUGAAGGGCAUGGUGCAGGGAAAAGCCGACCCCAUCAACUCUGCAUUCCACCUUACUUAUAACAUGGUGUUAAAUUUACUACGAGUGGAAGAAAUCAAUCCAGAGUACAUGUUAGAGAGGAGCUUCUUCCAGUUCCAAAACCAAGCGGCCAUACCAGAUCUUAUAGAUAAAGUGAAAGCGAAGCUGAAAGAAUAUGAUAGACUAACUAUAGAAGAAGAGCACUCGAUAGCGUCGUAUUGCACCGUCAGGUCCCAACUAGACCUCCUCGGGGCUCAGUUCAGGUCCUUCAUCACCCGUCCGGAGUACCUGAAGCCGUUCUUACAACCCGGUAGACUUGUUAAGGUAAAAACUGAAAAGUUUGAAUAUGACUGGGGCAUUAUAGUGAACUUUAGACACAAGACUGGCAAAGGCAAAAAACAAGCGGAAAACCCGCUGUCGGCUGAAACUGUUAUAAUUGUUGACAUUCUUUUACACGUCAAAAAGGGCAAAGGUGACACAGAAACCAACCCACCGUGUCCGCCUGGAGAGGCAGGAGAUGUAGAAGUGGUACCGGUGCUUCAUACACUUAUAUACCAGAUCAGUUCUCUCCGUGUAUACUAUCCCAAAGACCUUCGACCGGCUGACAACCGUAAAUCCGUUCUCAAAACCAUUGGUGAAGUUAAAAAACGUUUCCCAGAAGGACCGCCUUUACUAAAUCCAAUAAAAGAUAUGAAAAUUGAAGAUCCAGUGUUCAAAGAGUGUGUGGAUAGGAUCAAAAUAUUGGAAGAGAGGUUAUACGCUCAUCCAUUGCAUAAAGAUAAAAACCGUGGCGCCCUCACAGCAGCGUACGAGAAGAAACAAGAAGUAUACGAAGAGCUAACACAAGUUAAAUCUGAACUAAAGAAAGCAAAAAGUAUAUUACAAAUGGACGAAUUAAAGAAAAGAAAACGUGUGCUCCGGCGACUCGGAUAUUGCACGCUCGCUGACGUUAUCGAGUUGAAAGGCAGGAUCGCUUGUGAGUUGAGUAGUGCGGACGAGCUCCUGCUCACGGAGCUGAUCUUCAACGGCGUGUUCAACGCGCUGAGCGCCGAGCAGAGCGCCGCGCUCGUCAGCUGCUUCGUGUGCGACGAGAACUCCUCGCAGGCCUCCGCCACCGGCGACGAGCUGCGCGGCGUGCUGCGCCAGCUGCAGGAAUACGCGCGUCGCAUAGCCAAAGUGUCGAUAGACGCGAAGAUGGACCUGGACGAGGACGAGUACGUCGGCAAGUUCAAGUGCACGCUGAUGGACGUCGUGCUCGCGUGGGCAAAGGGCGCCUCCUUCCUGCAGAUAUGCAAGAUGACUGAUGUCUUCGAAGGUUCCAUUAUCAGGUGUAUGCGUCGCCUAGAAGAAGUCCUGCGGCAGCUCUGCCAGGCCGCCAAGAACAUCGGCAAUACAGAUCUGGAGAACAAAUUUAGUGACGCCAUAAAACUACUCAAACGCGACAUCGUAUUUGCUGCAAGCUUGUAUAUG